GCAGCUCAACACAGGACCCAAAACACGCUAGCCCUCAGACUCGGAAGAGAAUUGACUUUUUUGUUGUUGUUGUUUCUUGAAGGAAAUAGCAAAAUGUCUUCUUCACCAGCUGUGACAACACUGUGUGAGAACUCAAAUGAAGUCUUUGUAGACGUGGCGAAGUUGUUGCUGACAUAUGCUGAUAACAUUUUAAGGUACCCCAACGAGGAGAAGUACAGGUCUAUCCGCAUAGGCAAUCCUACAUUCUCCACCAAGCUGUUGCCCAUCAAAGGUGCAGUGGAAUGCCUCUUUGAGAUGGGAUUUGAGGAGGCUGAGACCCACCUCGUGUUCCCAAAGUCGGCGUCAGUAGAACAGCUGAAGCUCAUCAGGGACUCCAUCGCAGCAGAGAGGGAUCAGAGACUGCGUGGAGAACAGCCUGUCCAACCCACCGCUCGGACCGCUGCGGCGUUGGCCUCGCCUCCUUCAUCUGAAUCACCAUCAACCUCAUCCUCAGCACCAGAGAUCGCUGCUGCUGCUGCUGCUGCUACUGCCUCCAGCCAGCCAGUUACACCACCUCCAUCGCAGCCUUCAUCCUUGGAGAACAGUAUGAGCUUUUUUCUGACUCUCCAGUCAAACUUCCAACAUGUGAUGAUUUAUGAAACCCCUGAGCUGCAGCAGAAAGCCAGGAGCCACAUCCCUCACCAGCAGCUGUCCUCUGUUGCUGAAUGCAAGCUGAAGGAGGCGAAAGAGGCGGAUCCAGAAUGUAAACUUGGAAUAGAAGACUUUCUGGUGCUGGAGUUGCUCAGAUGGUUCAAACAGGACUUCUUCUCCUGGGUGGACUGUCUGCCCUGCAGCCAAUGCAAAGGCCCGACCCAGAACGCCACGGCCCUCAGUCCCACCACCGAGGACAUCCGAUGGGGAGCCCAGCGUGUCGAGAACCACUACUGUCAGAGCUGCCGGCUCUCCACCAGAUUCCCCAGGUACAACAAUCCUGAGAAGCUUCUUGAAACCAGGAGGGGGCGCUGUGGGGAGUGGGCAAACUGUUUCACACUGUGCUGCAGAGCCCUUGGCCUUGAGGCCAGAUAUAUCUGGGACAGCACUGACCACGUGUGGACGGAGAUUUACUCGGUCUCUCAGCGUCGCUGGCUGCACUGUGACUCCUGUGAGAGAGGCUGUGAUAACCCUCUACUGUAUGAGGUCGGCUGGGGGAAGAAACUGGCCUACGUUCUGGCUUUCUCAAAGGACCAGGUGGUUGAUGUGACCUGGAGGUAUUCCUGCAAACAUCCAGAGGUUUUGUCGAGAAGGACCAGAGUUCAGGAGGCCUGGCUGCUGCACACCAUUAACGGACUGAACGCCACGAGGCAGCAGUCCCUGAGUCCAGAGAGGAAGAAGGAGCUGACAGAGCGGCUGCUUGUCGAGCUGGUGGAGUUUAUUUCCCCCAAGAAACCAAAACCAGGAGAGAUGGGCGGACGCAACUCUGGCUCUCUGGCCUGGAGGAUUGCACGGGGGGAGACCAGAAAGGCUGAUGCAGGGACCUCCACACAGGCUGCAGGUUACGUGUUCACUCCCACUGAGAAAGAGAAGAGUGACCGGUUGCUGCAUGUGCGCUACAGUGCCACCAAAGACCAGUACUGUCGAGAGUCCAACAACUCUGAGGUCAUUCAGAGCUGGGAUCAGUGUGUGUGGAGUAAGGAGUCAGUGUUCAGGAAGGUGGAGAAUGACUGGCAGAUGGUGUACAUCGCUCGAACAGAAGGCUCCUCCGUGGGAAAAAUUUGCUGGAAGUUUGACUUUUCUCAGGCUGGAAUGAAGAUAAAGUCGGUCUCGAUCAUGGCCAGCAGCCAGACCUUCCACUCUGGGAAAGUCUGCUGGCACUUGCAGGCGGGCCAGAGUACUACAGAGUUCUCCGGAGAUGGGAAGAUGCAGUCAUUCCAGAGUCUUUCUGGCUCCUCUGAGUUCAUUGUUGUAGCAGAACUCAGCGGUGGAGAAGAGGAGACGUCGUGGCAGCACUCCCAGCUCUUCAGACAAAGCUUGAAGGAGACGGAGGAUACUUCAUUUGAAAUCCUCAUUCAUUUGGAAGAUGCUUAACAGUUGUUUCAUUCUUUUUCGAAGUUCAGCGCUUAAAUUUACCGGAUGAUAGUUUUGUAUGAUGACAAAUCAGUGCAAUAUUUAAAUGUAUGUCAGACCUCUAGGAUGAUUAAAUAUGCAUGGCCUAAUGAUAGAUGAAUAAAGAGACAUUCAUUUUGUACCUAUCAGAGUACAGAUGUUGUCACACAUUUGAAUCAUUAAUUUGACUAAAGGCCAAAUAACCUGCCGUCUAAAAUAUACAUGUGAAUGGGUUUUAAUCAUAUAAAGCCAUAGUUUGUUGUGUAACAUUUGCCUCCAUUAUGAAUGUGUCUGUUGUUUGUGAUACACACACAACCAAUCCUACUUGUGCUAAUAUUAUUUAAUUUAAUAUUAAUUAAUAUUAAGUGUUUUAAGUGUGGUGGAAUGGGCUGAAUGUUAGGAAAUAUAUAUAUAGUGGU